GUGACAAAACAAGGAAGUUUGAAUGUAACGUCUCAUUGCAUCAAAGUGUAGACUUUUAUGAAAUAUACAUGUAAAACCCUGCUGUGUUUGGUGGUCUGCUCGGAUGCGAGUUCUCUGUGGUGUGAAAAAUAUCAAUGAAUAGGAAAUAGCAGCCACGUGUAUCGUUGUAAUGCUCAUGCAACGUUUUGUCAGGGAAAAAUGUUUAUAUCGCUGCUUAUUUCCACUUUAACGUUACUGUUUCCACUUGGUCAAACAUCUCUCCCUCUCGUUAUCAAUACUUGGCCUUUCAAGAAUGCAACGGCUGCAGCGUGGAAUACCCUGCAGUCCGGUGGCUCAGUGCUGGAUGCAGUGGAGACGGGCUGUGCCCGCUGUGAAAUGGAGCAGUGUGAUGGCAGUGUAGGCUAUGGCGGGAGUCCAGAUGAGUCUGGAGAGACCACACUGGAUGCCAUGAUCAUGAAUGGGGACACCAUGGAGGUGGGAGCAGUCGCAGACCUGAGAAGAAUCAAGAAUGCCAUUGGAGUAGCAAGAGUUGUAAUGGAGCACACUGAUCACACACUGCUAGUGGGAGAGUCAGCUUCUGUGUUUGCUGAAAACAUGGGCUUCAUUGCAGAAGACCUGACUACCAACAAAUCUGUGAAUAUUUUCUCACAGUGGCUGAAGGGCAACUGCCAACCUAAUUAUCGAAAGAAUGUAUUUCCAGAUCCUUCCAUGUCCUGUGGACCCUACAAGCCCAGGGCGACACUGAAACAGAAGAAGAGGAUGGCACAGCAUGCUAAUGCGCGCUCCCAUGACACCAUAGGGAUGGUUGCUCUCGAUCAGGAUGGUCAUGUGGCUGCUGGUACAUCAACCAAUGGACUAACUCACAAAGUUCCAGGUCGUGUUGGGGACUCUCCUAUAGUGGGAGCAGGGGCCUAUGCAGACAGCUCAGCUGGUGGUGCUGCCGCUACUGGAGAUGGAGACGUCAUGAUGCGCUUUCUACCAAGUUACUUGGCCGUGGAGCUGAUGAGGGCCGGGGCAGAUCCCUCGGCAGCCUGCAAGACAGCUAUUUCCAGAAUCAAGAGGCAUUACUCAGAGUUCUUUGGAGCCAUCAUCUGUGCUAACACAACAGGCCAUUAUGGUGCAGCCUGUAACAAAGUCCCUGGAUUCUCCCAGUUUCACUACAUGGUGUCAAACUCUGAGUCAAACACACCACUCCUGAAAUCUGUGGACUGCUUUUAAAUGGUUUAUAAUUGCAAGCAUCUUUUUUUAUAUAUUUAAAUUAAGUAACAGCUUUCAUACUGUAUUUUAAU